UGAGACUUGUUGCUUGCAAACCAUUGCAUAAUGUUUUUGACGUUUUCAAUACAUGUGGGCAAGGCUUCCCUGGAUUGAGGGCUGUUUCACAUGGUAGAAAUCUAUAACUUGAGCUGAAGACUGAAUGAGAACAAGGAUUACACUGCAAUCCUAAUAUAAAAGGCUGUGUUGCAGACAUGUUUUUAACUGAUCCGGUUACAGCUGUCCUCUCUAUUGUCACCUGUGCAUUUCUGGCAAUUUUUUUAUUCAGUCAGAAGAAAAAAGUUCAUCCAAAUUAUCCUCCUGGACCACCAUGUUUGCCUAUUAUUGGAAAUAUGCACAUCAUAAAUAUGAAUAAACCUUACAUAACAUUUCACAAGCUUGCUGAGAAAUAUGGCUCAGUGUACAGCCUACAGAUUGGAACUCAGAAGAUGGUUGUGCUGUGUGGCUAUAAGACUGUAAAAGAUGCACUGGUCAACCAUGCUGAGCAGUUUUCUGCAAGACCACAUGUGCCAGUUUUUAUGGAUGUAACCAAGGGACACGGUGUUGUAUUUUCGAAUGGUAAUAACUGGAAAGCCAUGAGACGUUUCACUCUUUCUACACUGCGAGAUUUCGGAAUGGGGAAGAAAACAAUAGAAGAUAGGAUCACUGAAGAGUGCCAAAGUUUGAUAAAAGUUUUUAAAUCCUACAAAGGAAAACCAUUUGAAGACACUAUGAUACUGAAUGCUGCUUUGGCCAAUAUCAUGGAAUCCAUAUUGCUUGGUCAUCACUUUGACUAUGAUGAUCCGAAACGUUUGAGGCUUUUGACAAUAAUAAAUGAGAAUAUUAGAAUUAUGGGUUCCCCAAUGGUUUUGCUGUACAAUGCAUUUCCAUCUUUGGUCCGAUGGCUACCUGGUAUUCACAGAGAAGUCAAUGCAAACAUACGUGAAAUGCACACUUUUAUCAGAGAAACCUUCACCAAGCAGAGGAAUCAGUUGGAUGUCAGCGAUCAGAGGAAUUUCAUUGAUGUCUUCCUUGUCAAACAAAAAGAGGAAAAGCCAAAUCCAGAGUUAUAUUUCAAUGAUACAAAUCUAACAGUUGUACUGACGGACUUGUACACUGCUGGAAUGGAGUCAACCUCAACCACUCUCCGAUGGGGACUCCUGUUGAUGAUGAAAUAUCCAGAAAUACAAAAAAAUGUUCAGAAGGAAAUUGAAAAAGUAAUUGGUUCCGGAGAGCCUCGCUUGUUACAUCGAAAAGAAAUGCCGUAUACUGAUGCCGUUAUCCAUGAAAUCCAAAGGUUUGGUAAUAUUGCACCAACAAGUGUUCCACAUUCUACUACACAAGACGUGACUUUCAAAGGAUUCUUUAUACCCAAAGGAACCCAAGUGAUUCCAUUACUGUAUUCUGUCCUACGGGACAAAGAACACUUUGAGAAACCAGAAGAGUUUUACCCUCAGCAUUUUCUGGACUCGAAGGGAAACUUUGUAAAAAAUGAAGCUUUUAUACCAUUUUCUGCUGGUAAGAGAAGUUGUGCUGGAGAGACUCUGGCUAAAAUGGAACUGUUCAUCUUCUUUACAACACUGUUACAAAACUUCACCUUUCAGGCUCCACCUGGAGCAAAACUGGACCUCACCGGCGCUGUUGGCUUAACAACCUCUCCACUGAAGCAUGAGAUCUGUGCAAUUCCUCGCAAUUAAUGUGAACUUACAGUAAAUAUAUGAAAAAUAAAUGUGGACUGGGUUUAAUCUUUUCUGAAAGAGAAUCUGUUUUUGAUUUUUAGAAAUUUAGUUAAAAGUUCCUAUAUGGCAGGGUGUCAUGGAUAUGCAAUAAAGUCUGGCUGCUUACCUGA